GUCCUGAGCAGUAAGGGAGUGAGGGCAAGAACUUAAAACUUUUGUGACGAAACCUAGAAAGAAGAAUGGGUGUGUGUUCGUGUGUAUGGAAGAGAGAGCAGGAGAGCUAGAAACAAGGACAGAGUUGAUCUUACAGACAUAAGGAGCACGUGUUAUGAAGAAAAAAUGCCCACUAACUUCACAGUGGUUCCAGUGGAGGAUUGUAAUGCAUCAGGUUCGAACUAUGGUGGUAAUAACCCAGAGGAGGAGAGGCGAGAACUUUUGUUUGGACCUUCUUCAGCAGGUGAUGACACCCCUGGAGAGGACAAUCCCUUCCUUACUGACCAUGACAGGAGCUGUGAUGGGAAAAACAUGGCACUCUAUGAGGAAGAAAUGGACAGUACCCCAAUGGUGUCGUCCUUGCUCAACAAGCUGGCCAAUUAUACUAACCUGACACAGGGGGUUGUGGAUCAUGAGAAAGCUGAAAGUGAGGAUGGAGUUAAGAGGGUUGCCGUCAAGGGUCCUCAAAUGGGCACGUUUAUUGGUGUGUUCCUGCCCUGUGUGCAGAACAUUUUGGGUGUGAUUUUGUUUUUGCGCCUCACCUGGAUUGUAGGCACAGCUGGAAUUUUAGGCUCCUUUGCCAUUGUCUUCAUGUGCUGUGUCUGUACUUUACUGACAGCAAUAUCUAUGAGUGCUAUUGCAACUAAUGGAAUGGUGCCAGCUGGUGGCUCAUAUUACAUGAUCUCCAGGGCAUUGGGUCCAGAGUUUGGAGGUGCUGUUGGUUUAUGCUUCUACCUCGGUACAACCUUUGCUGGAUCCAUGUACAUAUUGGGCACUAUAGAGAUUCUUUUGAUGUACAUAGUGCCAAAUGGAGCCUUGUUUGAGGAACAGUUGAAUAACAUGCGGGUGUAUGGAACAUGCUGCUUGGCCCUCAUGGCACUAGUGGUGUUUGUUGGGGUCAGGUAUGUGAAUAAACUGGCACUGGUCUUUCUUUCCUGUGUGAUUCUCUCCAUUAUGGCCAUCUAUGCUGGAGUCAUCAGGACUGUCAUCAGCCCUCCAGAUUUUCAAAUCUGUUUGCUGGGUAACCGCACACUAAAAAAUAUUGAAUUUGACAAAUGCAUGAAGACAGAAGUGAUCAACAACGAAACCUAUACGACAGACCUGUGGAGGCUGUUCUGUAAUUCAUCUUACCUCAACGCAACAUGUGAUGAAUACUUCACUCAGAAUAAUUUAACAGAGAUCCAGGGCAUUCCAGGAUUGUUAAGUGGAAUUAUUACAGAUAACUUAUGGGGAGAUUAUGGCCCCAGUGGGAUGAUGUUAGAGAAUAAGAACCAGAUACAAUCACCAGCAGAGAAUAUCAGAGAAUCUCAAAAAAUAUCAGAAAAAAUCAAAGAAAACCUGCCUUAUAUCUACAGUGACAUCACCACAUUCUUCACAAUGAUGGUGGGCAUCUACUUCCCCUCAGUCACAGGGAUAAUGGCAGGAUCAAACCGGUCUGGAGAUCUAAGAGAUGCUCAGAGGUCCAUCCCCUUUGGCACCAUUAUGGCCAUUAUUACCACUUCUAUCAUCUAUAUUUCCUGUGUGCUUUUGUUUGGGGCUUGCAUGGAGGGAGUGUUAUUGAGAGAUAAGUUUGGUCUCUCUGUGAAAGGAAGCCCGGUGGUAGGCACUCUAGCAUGGCCUUCACCAUGGGUUAUUGUGAUUGGCUCCUUCUUUUCGUGUUGCGGUGCAGGACUACAGAGUCUCACUGGCGCCCCCAGGCUUCUGCAUGCCAUUGCACAUGAUGGAAUCAUUCCAUUCAUACAGGUAUUUGGUCACAGUAAAUCCAAUGGUGAGCCAACCUGGGCAUUGCUGCUAACUGUAGGAAUUUGUGAAAUCGGGAUUCUCAUAGCUUCUGUGGAUGCUGUCGCUCCCAUUCUUUCAAUGUUUUUCUUGAUGUGCUACCUGUUUGUAAACUUGGCUUGUGCUGUCCAAACGCUCCUACGCACCCCGAACUGGAGACCAAGGUUUAAAUUCUAUCACUGGAGUCUUUCGGUCCUGGGCAUGACUCUUUGUCUCACUCUCAUGUUUGUUUCAUCCUGGUAUUAUGCCCUGGUGGCUAUGCUGAUUGCAGGAUGUAUUUAUAAAUACAUUGAAUACAGAGGUGCAGAGAAGGAGUGGGGUGAUGGAAUCAGAGGUCUGUCCCUAAAUGCUGCACGGUAUGCACUUAUCAAGUUAGAAGAAGCUCAACCCCACACCAAGAACUGGAGGCCCCAGCUAUUGGUGUUGCUAAAUCUUGACUCUGAUUUGAUGGUGAAGCACCCACGACUGCUUUCUUUCACAUCUCAGCUGAAGGCUGGGAAAGGCCUGACCAUUGCUUCUUCAGUGCUGCAGGGAACCUAUAUGACCCGAAGUGCUGACGCCAAACGUGCAGAAACAAAUGUCAAGGCAUCCAUGUCUGCAGAGAAAACAAAGGGCUUCUGUCAUGUUGUGGUUUGCUCUAACGUGAGAGAUGGUUUCUCCAACUUGAUCCAGUCAGCUGGUCUGGGAGGCAUGAAGCAUAAUUCUGUCUUGAUGGCAUGGCCCAGCAACUGGAGACAGGCUGAGGAUACAACAUCCUGGAAAAACUUUAUUGAGACAGUGAGAGAGACGACUGCUGCACACCAGGCCCUGCUUGUGGCAAAGAACAUUGACCUUUUUCCAAGCAACACAGAGCGUCUGACCGAGGGCACUAUUGAUGUGUGGUGGAUUGUUCAUGAUGGGGGACUGCUAAUGCUGCUUCCAUUCCUGCUUCGCCAGCACAAGGUGUGGAAAAAAUGUAAGAUGCGCAUCUUUACUGUAGCACAUCUGGAUGACAACAGCAUUCAGAUGAAGAAGGACCUGCAGGUUUUCAUGUAUCAGCUUCGCCUUAAUGCUGAAGUGGAGGUGGUGGAGAUGCAUGAGAGUGAUAUCUCAGCCUUUACAUAUGAAAGAACCUUGGUGAUGGAGCAGCGUUCUCAAAUGCUAAAACAGAUGCAGCUGUCCAAAACCGAGAGGGAACGAGAGAUUCAAAGCAUUACAGAUGAAUCCAGGAGCUCCAUUAAAAGAAAGAACCCCCCAGCAGGUCUGACUCCUAACACUUUACAAGUGCCUGGCAUGGGAGAUUUGGAGCAUGAGGCUCACAUGUUUCAUGAAAGGAAUUCUAAGUGCCAUCGUGGCCAGCAAGAAGGCAACAGCCCUGAAUCUCAUCAAGUCCACAUGACCUGGACGAAAGAGAAAUAUGUUGCUGAGAGACACCGUCAGCGUGAGGCUAGCGCAGGAGUACGAGACAUCUUCAACAUGAAACCAGAGUGGGAGCACCUAAACCAGUCCAAUGUCAGAAGAAUGCACACUGCAGUCAAACUGAAUGAAGUUGUGGUCAACAAAUCCCAGAAUGCCCACCUUGUCUUACUGAAUAUGCCUGGACCACCUAAAAACAAGGAUGGUGAUGAGAACUACAUGGAGUUUUUGGAGGUGUUAAUGGAGGGUUUGGAGCAGGUUCUGCUUGUACGUGGUGGAGGAAGAGAGGUUAUCACCAUCUACUCUUAGUUCACAGUAGGAAUGACUAGUGCUCAGGGAAGGUUCAGAAAAAAGGAAGUAAUAAUAAAAUCUGUUUAACCACAUUGGGACAGUCAAUGAAAUAUUUAUAUAGUCAAAUACCUCAUUUAUCCAAGCAUUUCAUUAAUCUAUCUUAAAAUCAUGUUUAUAUGAUACCAAUAUGGAAGACUAUUCAUAUUUCAUAUUAUAUAUUAUUCAUAAGACUGUGAAAAUAUUCAUAUUCUAUACAGUGGCUCUUUCACACACAAUAUAUCCCAAAGUUAAUGUCCAAGUGUUCAAUUAGAUUAAGUCUAAUAUGUUUUAGGAAGGUAUCACUUCAUACAUUUUAUACACAAGUGUGUGUGGAAGGGCUGUUGUGAAACCUACUGCCCUACUUGUAUAAAAGU